UCCUUGCUGCCAGAUUAAAAUCGCUGUGCUAUUGGAAUUUGGGUGUUUUAGUCAGGACGUGCUUGUCACCUCUGCCUCUGGUGUUUCAGUCUUGAAUCUAUCUGCCAGAGAGACGACUAUGAAGAGGUUAACACAUUUCAUCACGAUGUCUCUUCCCUCCUGACCGUGUAAUCGAACUUUAGUGGUGUAUCCAAAGAGGGGUUCAAAUGACUUUUUGAGCAUUUAGUGGGUGUGCUGAAUCCUGCAGAUUACGAACUCUGCAGGACAUCCAAUGAAAACAACAACACCUUAAUUGAAUUGGGGAUUGGCGCCUCAGUUUUUAAUUUAACGUUAUUGUUUUUUUGAAGGACACUCAUCAUGACGAUUCCAUUAUCUCGGACUCAACUAGCCCUGUUUUUCAUCCUCCUGUGUCCGGUCAAUAUCAUUGGGUUAUGGUGGGCAGUGGGGAGCCCUCUGGUCAUGGACCCCAAUAGUAUCUGUCGGAAGACCAAGCGACUAGCGGGCAAGCAGGCUGAGCUGUGCCAGAACCAGCCAGAGAUCGUCCACGAGGUCGCCAAGGGUGCCAAGCUGGGUGUGCGGGAGUGCCAGUACCAGUUUCGUUUUCGCCGCUGGAACUGCACCAGUCAAAACAAGUACUUUGGCAAAAUACUCCAACAAGACAUCCGGGAGACAGCGUUUGUGUACGCCAUCACAGCGGCUGGGGUGACCCACACGGUGACUCAGGCCUGCAGUAUGGGGGAGCUGCUGCAGUGUGGCUGUGAGGCGACCAGGAGCAGGGCUCCCCCCCGGCCUGCCUCCUCCUCCACCACCACCUCUGGCGAGGGAGUCAAGUGGGAGUGGGGUGGCUGCGGAGACGACGUGGAGUUUGGCUACGAGAAGUCCAAGCAGUUCAUGGAUGCCAAGAGGAAAAAGGGCAAGAGUGACAUCAGGACGUUGAUCGAUCUCCACAACAACGAAGCAGGACGACUGGCGGUGAGGAAUUAUAUGAGGACUGAAUGUAAAUGUCAUGGCCUGUCCGGGUCUUGCACACUCCGGACCUGCUGGAAAAAGAUGCCUCACUUUCGCGAGGUGGGUGAUCGCCUACUAGAGCGGUUCAAUGGCGCUUCCAAGGUGAUGGGAGGCAAUGAUGGCAAGACCCUGGUUCCCGUAGGCCAGAACAUCAAGCCUCCGAACAAACAGGACCUGAUCUACUCGGCCGAGUCACCCGACUUCUGCUCGCCCAAUAGGAAGACGGGCUCGCUGGGCACGCGGGGCCGCAUGUGCAACAGCACAGCCAUGGACGUGAGUGGCUGUGACCUGCUGUGCUGUGAGCGUGGCUACCGAGACGAGACGGUGGUGUUCGAGGAGAACUGCCUCUGCCGCUUCCACUGGUGCUGCGUGGUGCAGUGUAAGAAGUGCUCGGUGAGGAAAGAACUCAGUCUCUGUCACUAGCAUUACCAUAGUGAAGCUGGGUUGGUUUCAGGCCUGGCCUCUUCUGCCUCACACGAAAGAUGCACUGAGAUCAUGCUCCCACAGUUCAGUUCAGGAGCACGCUGAGAGAUUAGUAUCUUAUCUAGGAUCAUCUUGGACAGACAGCUGCAGUAACUCUUCUCUCAAGCUGUAGAACAGUCCAGAAUGGCCGCUACUCCAGUGCUCACCACAUAGAGCUCUAUGACCCAGAAACGGAGGCUCUUUUAGGCUCUUUUUCUAGAAACACACUGGAGGAACUUACCCAACAACUGUUCCAGCUCUCCAGAGUGGAAUAUUGAAGGUCACAUCUAAGGUUAAAAGUUCAAAUUCAGCUCCGAGAACGCUCUAGAACUGAACGGUUUGGUCCCAUCUCAUAGAAGACCAUCAGACAGCUUGGUACCAUUCUCAGUCGUCGGUACGGAGGACGUUGCCUCUAAAGCAGUGGUUCCCAAACGUGUUUGCGCAGUGACCCACCUCAAGCCUUUAUCCAUUGAACCAGAAAAUAGCAUAACAACUGUUUCUAGCCUCAAACCCAAUGCCAACGCCCUCUAGGAACAUGCUACAACCCACAAUUAGGGAAACACUCUUCAUAGUCAGUUAACCAUGUAACUACAAGUGAGGACUAUUGUAACAAAAGCAUAAUGACUUUUGAGUGUAGAAAAUAAGACUUAUGGUCUUGGUAACAAGAUAGCAAGCACAUCAGCAUGCUACGUUUCUACACACGGUAACUGGAAUGUUAUGGAAGAAAGGAAAAUGGACACGCACAACGUGGAAUACAGGUAUCAAGCACAAAAUGUAUGAAAAAGGGAAAUCUGGGGAUUUUUUUGUUUGGAGGACGAACCCCAUCACGUUUCACGGUGAGGAGCUGAACUGACACCCGAGACUAUUAUUUAUGGACAUUUUAUGACAAGACUACUCAUAGUGAUAAGGUGAGGAACGUGCCUACCGUCUCUCUGAAAAGCACUUUGGACAUGGGAGCUAUCUCUUGUGAACCAUAUGUUACAUUGGUUGUUGUUUGAGUAGUUUGCAAAUGGAGACACGUGUUACAACUUUUUUUGUUUUUCGUAUGAGGUGCAGUAUCGAGAAAGUAUAAUAUUCUGUUUAUCUGUUUAAUAUACAGGGCUUUUGUAAUGCACUUUUAAUUAAAGCAUUUGCUGCGUAUAGAUUUGUUACAUAUAGUCAUGUUGUGCAGAAUGGCCAUUCCACAAUCACAUACAAUGCUGACAAUGAAUCCAUCCAUUUGUCUCUUUGAUAAGUCAACUCGCUGAAGUGAGUUGGACGUCAGGAAGCCCAUUUCUUUUGACU